UUUUCACGUGUACAACCGCUACAUCAACAGACUGUAAAUUGGUACAAGAGCAUAUUUUGCCAAACUGGUGCAAAAUGGUGUGCCUGGCCAUAUAUAGUAAAUAAAAAUGACAGAUUUUCAAUUGCAUUUCUAAUAUAACCGGUCAUUCAUCCAUCCAUGAUUAUUAAAUGCUUGUUUACUACAAUUACUAGUCCUGAGAAUUAUGGAGGGUAAGGUGGAGCACAUCCUGAAUGGGUUGCCAGUCCCUUACGACACACACUUUCACAGUCAUUAACAGCAACCCACCAGUGUACCAAUCUUGUAUGUGUCUACUAUCUCUCUGUGCUGUUCUGUAGAGGCAUCUUAAGUGUUUUUUAUUGGCUAAAUCUUGAAAGGUUGGGGCGUUGCCUUGACUUAUGCUGUGUUUCACUUUCAUGGUCUCACUAUUUUAGAACACAUAGUGGCAUGGUCAUGUGUCCCUGUUACUCAUCCCCCAUUGGUUUAUUGGUUCAUGAGAUACAGCGAGGGCGGAAAUUUUGUGGUUUGUUUUUUUCUUGUUCACAGGUACUUCCUCUUUUGAUUCUCGUGUGAGUACACUUUUCUGAAUUCUGCUUUUCUUGGCAGAAAGUGGGGACUGUCCCCUGGGUGUGUCAAAACAGAGGAACAUUUCUGUCACUUCCCUCAGCUUUGGGUGGAGAAGGCAUCUGUGGACUGCAGAGGCUUACCUUACAACUAUAAAGUGGUGCUUUGCUCACAGAAUUAUAUUCAUAUAUAAUUGCUAGAUUGCAAGUAGCUAUUAAAGUUGUAAGGAGUUGUAUAAUUGUGGGAUUAAUGCUAGAAUGCAGACAGGAGGUUCAAUAGUAUACUUAAACUCUGGUGCUGGGGACCCUGGUGCUAGAAAUAUAGUAGGAUACUUAAACUCUGGUCCUGGGGGACCCUGGUGCUAGAAAUAGGAUACUUAAACUCUGGUGCUGGGGACUCUGGUGCUAGAAAUAGGAUACUUAAACUCUGGUCUUGGGGGACCCUGGUGCUAGAAAUAGGAUAGUUAAACUCUGUUGCUGGGGACCCUGGUGCUAGAAAUAGGAUACUUAAACUCUGGUGCUGGGGACCCUGGUGCUAGAAAUAGGAUACUUAAACUCUGGUCCUGGGGGACCCUGGUGCUAGAAAUAGGAUACUUAAACUCUGGUGCUGGGGACCCUGGUGCUAGAAAUAGGAUACUUAAACUCUGGUCCUGGGGGACCCUGGUGCUAGAAAUACAGUAGGAUACUUAAACUCUGGUCCUGGGGGACCCUGGUGCUAGAAGCAUCUUCAAGCAUCUACAUUGGACUGUUACACAUCUGAUCUACAUAUUGUACCUUAAUGUAUUUUGCUGUAUAAAACAUCCAUCUUCUGAACUAUUAUCCUGAGCAGGAUCAUACCAGACAGCAUAGGGCACAAGGCUAGGGAACACUCCCGACAGGAACAGAGGUGGGAUUCAAACCUCCGACCUUGGAAAUGUGAGGCAACACUACAGCCAACUCUGUCAGUGCUGUGUGAAAGUUGUACAAAUUAAGUAUUCAACUUGGGUAUCAGUGAUUGGAGGAGGAAGUUUGAGGCCAACUUGAUGGAAGAAGGACUGGAGCUGGAGAAAGAGGAAUCUCCUGAUAAUGAAAGAAAAGUCUUCUUUGUGAAGAUCCAUGCCCCCUGGAAUGUUUUAACCAAGUAUGCUGACAAGCUGAAGGUCAAGGUGCCCUUUGACGUCAGUGACACCCCCAGCCCCAAAGACACCACCUUUGAGUGGCUCGUCAAGCCCUUCCGUUUGCCGCAUAACAUCAUGGAGCCCCAGCCUGAUUAUUUUACUGCCACUUUUGACAAGGAGAAGAUUGACUUCUUCAUCAACUCAAAGGAGAAGACCUCCUUCACCCCAUCCACUCGCAACAGGAUCGUUUACUACAUCUUGUCACACUGCUUAUACUCAGUGGAGAAGGACAAGAAGGGCAUUAAGCGGUUGCUAAGCAAUGGCACCUACACUGCUGCAUUCCCCCUUCAUGACUGCCAGUACUGGCUGAGAAUGGAAAAGAGUGAGAAUGAGAGGUACAGCCUGUACCGGUACUGGGCUCGGUUCCUCGCCUUUUACAAGGAGCAGCCUCUCAACCUCAUCAGGAAGUACUAUGGAGAAAAAAUCGGCCUCUACUUCGCCUGGUUGGGCUUCUACACAGAGAUGCUGAUGUAUGCUGCAGUGAUUGGCCUCCUCUGCUUCCUCUAUGGCAUCUUUACCUACCACCAAAAUGUAUGGAGUAAGGAGAUCUGUGACCCAGAGAUUGGAGGCUCCAUAAUAAUGUGCCCACUGUGUGAUGAAUUAUGUGGCUACUGGAAGCUCAACUCUACCUGCAGCUCCUCUUGGCAAUCACAUGUAUUUGACAACGCUGGAACUGUGUUCUUUGCUAUAUUCAUGGGCAUUUGGGUGACCCUCUACCUGGAGUUCUGGAAGCGCCGGCAGGCCAGGCUAGCCUAUGAAUGGGACCUGGUGGAUUUUGAAGAGGAGCAGCAGUUGCUCCAGCUUCGUCCUGAAUAUGAGACCAAAUGCACCAAGAUGCGAAAGAACUACAUCACUAUGGAGAUGGAGCCCUACCUUCCCCUAACCAAAAAAUGCACUCUCACCUUCCUGUCAUCAGCUACUGUGCUCUUCUGGAUUGCCCUAAUCAUCAUCUGUGUCAUUGGAGUGAUUGCUUACCGACUGGCAGCAUAUGCCGCCUUCGCCAGCAUCAUGGAUAACGGACAAACCAAAAACCUACGGUUUGUGGGCUCCUUCAUAACCCCACAGCUAGCCACCUCUAUCACCGCCUCCUGCAUCAACUUCGUCAUCAUCAUGAUCCUCAACAUGUUGUAUGAGCGUGUGGCUAUCUGCAUCACUGACAGAGAGAUACCAAAGACUCAUCUGGAAUAUGAAAACAGACUGACAAUGAAGAUGUUCCUUUUCCAGUUUGUGAACUUUUACUCCUCCUGCUUUUACGUGGCUUUCUUCAAGGGGAAGUUUGUGGGCUACCCCGGAAACUACACCUACAUGUUUGGUGGCUUGGUUGGGCUGAGGAAUGAAGAGUGUGGGCCUGGAGGGUGCCUAACCGAACUCACUACCCAGCUGGUUAUCAUCAUGGGGGGCAAGCAGCUGUGGGGCAACAUACAGGAGGUUCUAGUGCCGUGGUUACGGAACAUGUGGGGCAGCUGGAGGACGCGCAGCUCUGGGAAAGCAUGUCAGCGGUGGGAGCAGGACCAUGACCUGCAGGAGCUCGGCCAGCUAGGCCUCUUCUACGAGUACCUGGAGAUGGUGAUCCAGUUUGGCUUUGUCACGCUCUUCGUGGCUUCUUUCCCACUGGCGCCCCUGCUGGCGCUCCUCAACAACAUCGUGGAGGUCCGUGUGGAUGCCUGGAAGUUCACCACGCAGCUGCGUAGAUCCAUGGCUGCCAAAGCGCACAGCAUCGGGGCCUGGGAGGAGAUCCUUAACACUGUGGCAGUCCUGUCUGUUGUCACUAAUGCAUUCAUCAUGGCUUUCACCUCGGACAUGAUCCCACGCCUGGUGUACUACUACGCUUACCACCCCGGUAAUAGCAUGGAAGGCUACAUCAACAACAGCCUGUCUGUCUUCAAUAUCAGCGACUUCCUUGAGAAAAGCAAACCUAAGUCUGAUGUCAAUCCAGAAUGGUUCAACAGCAAUAUCACCUUCUGCAGGUACCGCGAUUACCGCUACCCCCCAAACCAUCAGAGCAAGUACUCCCAUUCACUGCAGUUCUGGCACAUUCUAGCUGCCAAGCUGGCCUUCAUCAUCAUUAUGGAGCAUGUGGUGUUCACUGUGAAGUUCUUCGUGGCCUGGAUAAUUCCGGAUGUACCCAGUGAAGUCAAGAUGCGAAUUAAACGGGAGCGCUACCUCAUCCAGAAGAAACUGCACAACUAUGAGCUAGAGAAGCUGAAACAGUUCAGCAAAGCCGGCACCCCCAACAAAGCCAUGACUCCUGGGGGACAGAGCAGCCUAGUUCUGUCCACCAUGACUCUCGAAGACAUUAAUGAGGACAGUGAAUACAAACUGCCUGUCCUUCCUUGUGAUCCCGCAGAUGAGACAGAACUGCAAACCUGUUUGUAAUUCCCAUCAAUAACUAAUGACUCACCACCUCCAGUGCCCUUACGUGGAAUUGAUAGGUGCUGGGGUGUGGGUACCACAGCAGAGCAGCCUGAUACUGAUCUGGUAGGACACCAUUAAGAGGUGACUGUCACGUUCAAGCAGGUCGGUUUUUUGACAGCAGUCAUGAUGACAUUGUGGUAGUCAUCCUUGAUUUGGGCACAUGAGUUGGGCAGUAGGGGUAGGUUUGGUGAGAUUUCCUGAUAAGUUGGGAGUCGAGAAACCUUUCUGAGGUGAAAAGCCAUAGCCUAAACUCAUGCACUGCUCAUUGUGUUUCUCCUGUUACAUGGACAUUUGCAGAUGCGUCAAAGAUUUGGGAGCAUGCUUAUUUUUGUAAUAAUUUUUUUUCUGAAUAUUGACAUUCUGUUCAGUCCUCAUGUUUUAUGUCAAUCACUAAACCAAAGUUUGGUUUGAUUUGUGUUUGUAACUUUGAGAUUAAAUUGCACAUUUUUGGCUUUUAAGUAUUUUUGUCCAGAGUGAUAUGCGUCUAUAAUUUAUAGGUUUUCCUGAUAUUUGUAUAUAAUUUAUACAGGUGGAUAUUACAUCCUUUAAAUUAAUCAGGAUGGUGUGAUUUGGAAUCUCUUCUCUAUGUUUGUAGAAAGCAAGGUGACAGCCUUAGCAAGGGGAGAUUAACAAGUCAUACCCUUACCUUUUAUAAUCACUCAGAUGAUGGCAGUCAGACUUGUCCUCUUCAAAGUGUACUUUAUUAAACAGGUAUAUGGUUUAUUUGGACAAACCUUUCUGGGCUUUUUAUACUGUGAUAUUUUUAUUGAAUGUGGUAGAUUAGUAUAUUCAAAUGUAAACUAAACUGCGCAUGUAAAAAGCAUGGUACGUACAGUCCUGGAUUGUUAUGGAAGAGUCCACCAUUGCAACUGAUAGAUGAAUCUCCACAAAGAAUCCCAAUCAGUUUUCAUUGGUCUUAAGCUUUAAAGGAGCAACUAUGCAAUUUAAAAUAAAGUAAAUGCUGAUUUUAGGUAUAUAAUGUAUUACGUAUACAGAUGGAAUGAGGAUUAUUUAAGUAAAUUGGGCAUAGAGUACAACAUGAAUAAGCAGGAAAACAGCGAAUGUUGAGUAGAACCAGUACUGAGAUUUUCCUUUUUUGAACUUUCUCUUCAUUUCUUUGAUAUGUUUGUAUUUUUUUAUGCUGUUCAGCAAUUGGUUUGGUGUUCAUUAGUCUGUAUACAGCUUCAUUGUGCUUAAACUCCAGGGACUUAAUCUGAUUAUGUUCUAUACACAAUAUACAACCUCUCUGGUCUAUAAAAAUGGUUCUGAACCAUGAUUACUACUGCUGUAGUGGUUUGUGUUCCAGGUUAUUUUUAAAUUUCAUGGUGCGAUACAAAAUUAUGGUUAUACUAUAGAUGGUGUAAAUGUAAUUUAUAAUGCAAAACACCUUAGUAUCGCCUGGUAAGCAUUAAACAACUCACUGCCUAAUUAUUUAGGAUGUUACCAGGAACAAAAACCAUCAUAUAAGCAGCCCUUCUGUAUGUAAAAGGUACGCCCUGUCCCUUACAACCAAAUAGUAUACAUGUACAUUUCCAUGAGUCAGAUUGUACUGGGAAGCAUAGUUUGCUUUAACCCAAUGUUAAACCCUUAGUUUAUGUAACACACCAAGAUGCAUCAAAAGGUAUCAUGUAUUGUGGCUAAUGUUAUGUGCCUAAUUAAAUGAUUAAUUGAAAAGCCUGACAAAUUA